GAUUAUAAAAUUAAUAUAAUUAUUAAAUACGUAUAAUAAAUAGUUUAAACUAAUGUUUAAUACUCAAAACACACUAAAUAGAACUUUUUUUUGUGAGUCUUGAUACGAACACGACACGCUGGUCACACGAACACGACACGUUUGACACCUCUAUUUUAUAGUUUUUUUGUUAAAAUAAAAAAAUAUUAUAUAUAUGUAUAGAUUAUGCAUAAUAGUUCCCAAAAUAUGAAUUUUAAAUUUUUUUAUGUCGCUAAAAAUAUUUUAUGAAUAUAAUAAAUUUAAAAGUUAUGUGAGACCCACGACUGAACUCCAAAAAAUCAAAAAAAAAAAACCUCAUAAAAACAACUUCUUAAAUCAGUCUAAAUAAACUAUUUUAGGUCCAAAAAACUAUUGCCUAAACUUGGUCAAAAAAACCAAAGUUCAAACGGAUCUGAUUUGUUUUAUUCUAAAGGCUACAAAAUUAACCUAUUUCAACAAGCUCCAAACAAACUCAUAGUCCCUUCUACACAAAAAAAUAACCAUAACCUUUUGUCAGAAGAGCAAUGCUAUUAAAAUCUAAUUUGGACAUAAUUUAAUAUAAUCAUUAGAUUAGUUAUGAGUUAUAAUAUUAAAUGAAAUUCACUUUUAAUCCAACAGUUCAGUUAAGUAAGUUCUCAAAUUAGAUCCAAAUAAUAUUUUUCUUGCUAGAAACAAGUAAGCAAGUGGACUCCUUUAGUAAUUACCAAGUUCAUGUAAGAAAAUAAUCUACGUGGUUACAAAAAUGGAGUGUACUUUGUCCAUUUUCAAGUUUGUUAUUAUUAUUUUCUUUUUACUUUUUUGGUUCAACAAUCAAGGAUAAUUAAGUUAAUUUAAGCGCGCAUCUCGAAUAAUAUUUUUCCCAACCUGAUCAAAGUUAGGCCAUAAACCAAUUAAGUUAUAUUAAUUCUAGGGUCUCUCUCAUUAAAUGACGGAUUUAUCCUAGUAACUCACAAAUUUUACAAAAUCAAGGUAUAAUUAAACGAAAAUAAAGAUGGACCAUAGUCCAUAAAGCCCAUGUAGAUUGAGCCCGAAGGUAUCGCCGAUCGAAGUUAAACGAGAACAGUAGAAUAUAGGAGAACUCUUUCUUUUCGUCGUCUCUGCAUUAUUCUGGAGCUAAGUAUCUAAGAAGAUCCCAGAUUAUCCCACAUUUAUCUCUUUCCUGCUAUAUAUAGCUUGCUCAUCCCUAUCCUUUUCAUCAACAACAUCCAAAUCCAUCCAUGGCGCUAAUACCAAGCUUCUUCGGUGGCCGACGAAGCACCAUCUUCGACCCAUUUUCUCUAGACAUUUGGGACCCCUUCGAGGGUCUCUCUUCCUCUGGCACUCGCGACGUCUCUGCCUUGGCGAACAUUCGUGUGGACUGGAGAGAGACUCCGGAGGCUCACAUCAUUCAGGCUGAUCUUCCAGGACUCAGGAAAGAGGAAGUGAAGGUCGAGAUCGAAGAUGGGCGAGUUCUAAAAAUCAGUGGAGAGAAAGUGAGAGAAGAAGAAGAGAAGGCCGACACGUGGCACCGAGUUGAGAGGACCGUUGGCAAGUUUGUUCGACGGUUCAGGUUGCCGGAGAAUGCAAAGCUUGAUGAAGUUAAGGCUACCAUGGAGAAUGGUGUGCUUACUGUGAUCGUGCCAAAAGAACAAGAGAGGCAGCCUGAGACCAAGUCCAUUGAGGUCACUGGUUAAAAGUCUCUUUGGUCUCACUCACCUGUGAAAGUCUGUUAUAUCAACGUAACAACGUUAUUAGAUGUUUUAAGUUCUUCAAGGUCGAUGUUGAUAGGAAAUGCAGUGUAUAUAAAUGUUCAAGGGUUUUU